AUGCCCGUUGAAGGUUAUAGGGUUAGGGUUAAACUAUCCAAGUUCUACAUAGUGCGUGGUCCGACGCGCCCCGGUCCGAUUUUCUCCGUCCCUGAUUGGCCGCCCGUGCGUGCUCCCGCUCCCGCCUCCGCGUGCCCGCAGUGGGGCCCGGUCACAGUCGAGCUCCCUCUUCCUCUUCCCUUCUCAUAUCUCAUGGCACAGAUGCUGGUGGUACAGCAGGCAGUUCAGAUGGCCGAGGAUGAGCAGGUGGAGCACCCUGCAGAUGCGCUGGAUGCCAUGCGUGAACGCUUCCUCCUCCCAGGAGUGGCUGCCCCCUUUGGCUGGGUGACCCGGCUGCGGACAUUCGGCAAGCGAGUGCAGAACACCACCACAAGUCUAGGGUAUGUCUGCUGGAGCGAUGACCAGCAGACUCUAAGCUAUAGAGAGCUGCAUCUAAGCAUAGCAGGGCUCCGGCGCUUCGUGCGCACGCAGGUGGAGCUGACACAGCACAAGCUUGAGCAGCUCUUUCUUGUUCAUGAAGAGGAAGCACGGGAGGUGGUAGUGCCACGCCUGGCACUGGCCCAGCUGGCGGACAGCCCUACAAACAAUCAGCGCGGCUGGAACUUCCUUCAAGCACCGCAGAACUGCAAGGCCCUUCCAACCACAGGGGAGCGAUGGCUGCUGGACCGAGUCCUCACAACAGACAGGCUCCGGGCAGAGUGGGUAGCUGUACGGCCAUCUGAUCAUCAGGUGGUCUGGGACACAGCAGUGGUAGAUGACUAUCUGCAGCAGGUGGAUGGAUUUCUUGAGCAGCUGCUUCUUGUGGUUCAUCUCACUGGGGGCCAGCCUGCGCGGGCCACAGAGCUGCUCAGCAUACGGCACAGUAACACAGUCUGCGGCCGCCACCGCAGCAUUUUUAUUGAACAUGGGCUGCAGAGGUCAGUGAGCUGGUGGUUCGCGCGGGCGGUCCAGCGGCUUGCAUAUGGAGACAGUGAUAGCCAAGGGGGGCUGCGGUCACCAUUUCUCUGGCCGCGGGGGCAUGGACCGUGGGACAGCAGCCGGCUGCGGGUGGUGCUUCAGCGCGAGGCAAAGACACACCUCCAGACCAAGCUCAAUGUAAUCCCUUGGCGGCAUGCCGCCAUUGCCAUCUCGCGUAUGCACCUGUCCUGUGGAGGGUUCAAGCGGGAAUAUGAGGCAGAUGAUGCGGCAGUAGACCAGCAGGCAGGCCAUGGAUCCUGGGCUGCAGGUACAGUAUAUGCGCGGGGGCUGCAGGAGGCACCAGGCCACAUUGAGGCACGGCGUCUGCGGUACCAGGCUGUCAACCGGGAGUGGGCAUGA